GUAUCCGAAUCAAAUCUUCAUCAAAAAAAUCUUAUUACUCGUAUUAAAAAAAAAUUAUUCAUCAUGAAAUCUCCCAUUACCAUUGCAACCGUAAUUGGUCUAAUUAUGCUCACGCUAAUUGAAGGUCACAUAGUAUGGAUACAGAACAAGGCAUUAAGUGGCACAAGCACUUGUGCUGCUGCCACCCUUAUAAAUGAAGGUAAACACUUUAGUUUUGAAGGACGGUCCGACAACAUCGACGCACAUUGUGAAACUGCUCAUACUGGUUAUAGUUUGAAUAUUACUGAUGAUAAACGAUCAUAUUGGCUCGUUUUCGGUGUGUCAUGGUCUACUGAAGAAAAUAAAUGGCGUGGCCCAUACACCAAUGAUGGAGAUAAAUGUUGGCACUUCCAUGGUUCUGAAGAUAGUUGGGAUGUAUAUCCAUGUCCACAAUGA